AUGUCUGCCCGAAUGUCGCCCGGAGGGGCGCUCCUGAGAUCAUCUCGGAUGUUCUCUGUCCCCAACCCGCUUCCUCAACCCGGAGGCCAAGCCGCUGCGAUCGCUCGAUAUGCAUCCCCGACGGCGACCGCGCCUUAUCCCACGUACCAAUCCAUCACCACGACCGAAUCCUCGAGAGUCCUCGGUGACUGGGGCUUCAAACGAUCUCUACCUCUUCGAUCUACGACCAAGUCAUCAACUCCCGUUGUCCGUAUCAAGGAUAUUGACUGCUUUGAGAAUGUCACCGAUUACACCUCCGCCGCAGACCACACCUUAUCUCUUCAGAAGUUCCACGAGCUCAACCUACCCGUCUCACUACCUGGCUCCAACCGGUCACGUCUUGGUGGUGUUCACAUCGGAGCGAAAUCCGUUUUCGAAGAAGAUGGCGACUUUACGACAAUUGAGCCUGGCCGCGAGAACGAAGAUAAGAGGUGGAAGUUUAAAGGCCCUUGGCUGGCCGGUCUUACCGAGGGCGAAUUCAACGAGUACCUGCGCAGGGCCGUCCGCAACAAGCGACGAUUGUUCCGCGGCUUCUUGCGGGAGCGCAUCGCGUCCGACGAAACCACCAAACAGCAUCAAAAAUCCUUGGAGGCUGGAGAAGCCCAGCCUAAACGCAUUCUGGCUGGCGAGGUCACGAAGGAGCAACUCACAGAGUACAUUCGCAAGUUGCGUAACGACCGCAUCACAUUGUAUUCGCUUGUCAGCGAGUUCCUGGACCUCGCUCCCCUGAACCCGCCCAGUUCCUUGACCGAAUUCAACAAGACGACCGAGAAGACCAAGCGCCCCAGCAUGUACGCCGAGCAUGGUCCGCCGGCUUCUCACCCAUCGGGCGGUAUCUCAUACCUCCGCACAUCUAACUUUGCAGAGAACCACCCGGUAUACGGCCCUCAGGCGCACCAGACCCCCGUUUUGGCACGAAUCGUUUCCCCGAGAUCAGGAACAAACAACGCAAAGUUGGGUGUCGGAGGCUUCAUCACGGAUGUUCCCCAGGGUGACACAGCGUUCAACCACAGAGCUUUUGUUGGACGCCACAACAAGGUGGCUGGUGUUGUCACGUUCGACCCUGAUAUCAAGGGAGGCGCCAAGGCCUAUGUUUCGCCUACCUCGGCUCGCAUUGACUCGGCUGGUGGUGUCCAAAUCACGGUCGGUGAGGCCAAUGAAGAGGCUCAGCUCAUUCUGAAGGAGUUGGUAGGAAAGGCCAAGAUCUACAAUGACAAGACUGAACCAGAAGCACCCGCACCCUCCCGCAGAACAUUCAUCCGAAAUGUGCAGGUGAACAACCAAAAACCUGGUAUCAACGCUGUUGGUAGCUCCAGGAGCUACGGCCUUGACUCUUGA